UCUAAAAAAAUCACGUUUUCUUAUAAAUAGAAUCGUUAUGAAGUUAAUAAUUGAGAUAAUACGAUUAUUUGUAAGAAAGCCGUCUUCUGGCGAAACUUUAAGGGCUUGGAUUUUAUCAGCUCUAAUGGUACAUGGAGCAGUGGCUGGGAACCCAGAUGCAAAACGAUUAUAUGACGACCUUUUAAGCAACUAUAAUAAAUUGGUUCGCCCAGUUGUUAAUACUACUGAUGUUCUUAAAGUUUGCAUAAAAUUAAAACUGUCGCAGCUUAUCGAUGUGAACCUUAAAAAUCAAAUCAUGACGACCAAUCUUUGGGUGGAACAGUCUUGGUAUGAUUACAAGCUUCGGUGGGAACCAAAAGAAUAUGGUGGAGUUCAUAUGCUACACGUUCCAUCCGAUCAUAUAUGGAGACCGGAUAUUGUUCUUUAUAAUAAGUAA